AUGCUAGCACGAAAUCUCACGGCCGCGUUCUCUGAACAACUUCGUGCCGUCAUAAACAAUACCCCUACUCAGCAACGGGUACUGGAAGAUAUGGCUGCACAGAUAAAAAACCUGGAGGAACGAAUCGAGCCCCAUCCUGAGAUACCAAAAUCCCAUGAAUCUCAAGAAGGGAACUCGAGAACUUCCCACUCCAGCAGACGCAAUAAGAACAGGCGGGAAAGGUCCAAAACUUACCCGCACCCUGGCAAGACAGAUACACGAGAUGGCGACUCCAAAACCGCCACUCCAGAUGCUCGAACUUUCCUAGAGAGCAAAAAACGAAAGACGUCCGAGAGCGUCCAGUCCCUGGUAGAUAAAAGAAGGGAGGAAAGAAAGAAGGCGGAACUCGCUGGAUCUAGCCGCCCCCUCAUUUCCGCCAUCAUGCCGCGGAAUGAGGCCACCAAAAGUGUCCUCCCCGAAGAGCCCAUAUCAUUAAUCUCUCCCCUGGCCAUGGAGAUACUGAAUACUCCCAAUCCCGGGAAAAUAAAGGUACCAAACAUGGCUGCUUUCGAUGGCACGUCAUGCCCACAGGAACACCUGACGGCAUAUAAGAAUCUUAUGCUGUUAUACACCACCAACUCAUCGUUAUGGUCCUCAAAAAGGCAGGAGAAAUCAAACUUCCACCUGCUUAGUGUCACUCAGUUGGAAGGAGAAUCCAUAUCCUCUUACCUCAAGAAAUUCCAGGAGGCAGUGCUGGAAUUGGUUGAAAGUCAAGUAAAAACGUAUGCAGAGGCCAUGAAACAAUGCCAAAGCUACGUCACGGCCUCGGAGAUAUGUCAGGCCCAUGACCCGAAACGGCGGAAAUCCGAAAAGAAGGAAGCCGGGUCCUCUCUUCAAUCCUCACGACGUAGAGAGGAACAUUCUCCGAGGGAGAAGAAUUACAUGCCGCGUCGUCCUGGGCCACCAUCUGACAUGGGACCUCCACGAGCCAGACAGGUAUAUGUCGCAGGAGGAGAGACUAGGACGCGGAAUCUGGGGGACGGAGGCAACGACCCAAUGUUCAAUCGAAACAGGAGGGACAUUUUCUUUGCUGUUCGAGAUCAAUUGCCGGCUCCACCUCCUUUGGCUGACGAAGGGAAAUUGUCCAGAUUCCUCAACCGGAGGGAUUAUAAUGCGGGAAGAGAAGGGGAAAGGAGGCCGUGGCAACAAAAACGCAGAUCCCCAAAGAGGAACGAAGCCCGACACGAAAGUUCCGACACUCAAGGAACUAUCAAUAUGAUUUUUGGGGGAUACACUGAGGAAUAUCCCACCAUCCGGGCUGCAAAGAACAGUGUCCACACUUUGCUGAAAGGGCCUCCCAAGGCCUCAUCUAAGGGACCGGUCAGACGGGUGCUGGUAGAUACGGGAAGCACGGCCGAUCUUAUCACAAUGGAGUGCUUGAAACAAAUGAAGUUCGAGGAAAAGCACUUGCAACCCCUAGACAAACCCCUGAUUGGGUUUGGAGGGAGUCAGGUCAUUCCGUUGGGCACGAUCAUCCUCCCCGUGCGGGUAGGGGAGAAAAAUGAAAGCCGUACCAUGCCCAUACGGUUCACGGUGGUAGAUCUCAACUUUCCCUACAAUGCCAUCAUGGGGCUCCCGCUCAUUAACAAGAUCAAGGCAGCCAUCUUUCCCCAUCAACUCCUGCUACAAUUCGAAACUGAUAACGGGCAAGUUGGCAUUCUGAAGGGAGACCAGGUGACGGCUCGCCAAUGCCUCGUCAACACCCUGAAGCGCAGGUCUUCUGAGACACCUGCAAAAAGAAAAAGGGAAGACAAGGUCCCAGCUGUCACGAGCGUGUACAGGGAAAAUCUUAACACGCAUGAAAGGCCCCGCCCCAUAGAACGAUACGAGGAAGUAGAUAUGUUCGAGGGGAAACAGAUCAAGAUAGGAAAAGAUCUUCCUGACACGGUCAAGCAGGACAUAGUGGCCACCAUUGCUGAAUUCCGCGACCUGCGACAUCAAGGAAGAGAGCGGACUGAGGCCGCCAAGGAGGAAGUUGAGAAGUUACUGAAAGCCGGAUUUAUCAAAGAAUGUCAAUACUCAGAGUGGCUAUCCAACGUUGUUCUGGUAAAAAAACCAAAUGGCAAAUGGAGGAUGUGUGUCGACUUCACAGACCUGAAUAAGGCAUGCCCCAAAGACGAUUAUCCACUUCCAAAGAUAGAUCGUCUGGUCGACUCUACGGCAGGCCAUGCAUUAUUAAGCUUCAUGGAUGCCAAUGCCGGCUAUCAUCAGAUCCCAUUGGCCACCAAAGAUCAACCUCACACGGCCUUCAUUACCAGCACGGGGGUCUAUUGCUACAAGAGCAAACAAGCAGAUCAGCACGCCGCGGACUUAAGAGAAACCUUCCUAACCCUGCAAAAACACCAAAUGAAACUCAAUCCCGACAAAUGCGUGUUUGGAGUUACCGGAGGAAAGUGCCUCGGCUUUCUGGUAGACGAGCGGGGCAUUGAAGCAAAUCCCGAUAAGAUCCGGGCCAUACAGAACAUGAGAUCCCCCACCUCAGUAAAAGAAGUACAAAAGCUCACGGGGUGCAUAGCCGCUCUCGGAAGAUUCCUUUCCAAGUCUGCGGAUAAAUCAGAAGCAGAAGAGUCCUUUCGCCAACUCAAGGAGCACCUGUCCUCAUUACCGAAACUAGUUUCUCCCAUCAAAGGGGAGAAACUAGUCCUAUAUGUUUCUGUAUCCGAGUACUCGUUAUCCGGAGUACUGGUUGCGGAAAGGGAAAAGAAACAGCUUCCCAUAUACUACGUGAGUCAUGCAUUCCGCGGCUCUGAGGGAAACUACGGUGAAGUCGAGAAAGUCAUAUUCGCAAUCGUGAUGGCAAGCAGAAAAUUGAAGCCCUACUUUCAAUCCCACCAGAUCAUCAUCCGGACUGAUCAACCCUUGAAAAAGAUAUUGGAAGGAAAAAACAAGUCGAGCCGCGUCACAGAUUGGGCAAACCAGCUGGCGGAUUUCGGCAUCGAAUAUGAGCCUCGAACGGCAAUCAAAGCUCAAGCUCUGGCUGAUUUCAUUGCUGAAAGUACUUUCCCCUAUCAUCCUGAACCCAAUCAGGAGUGGAAGUUGUAUGUAGAUGGGUCCUCAACACAAUCAGCUAGUGGAGCUGGACUCCUCAUCAUGUCUUCCGCAGGGGUCCGUAUGGAAAGAGCAGUCAGGUUCGAGUUCGCAGCAUCUAACAACGAGGCCGAAUAUGAAGCAUUAUUGAUGGGAUUGAGAAUUUGCUACGAAGCAGGAGCCAAAAACUUGUCCGCCUUCUCUGACUCCCAAUUGAUCGUGGGACAAGUCAACGGGGAAUUCGAAGCUAAGGAUGAUAGCAUGAAGAUGUAUUUGCAGCAGGUGAAAGAAUUUGUUCAAAAAUUUGACAAGUUCACAUUGGAACACAUUCCAAGAUCCCAGAAUGCCCAAGCUGACUCCCUAGCAAAGCUGGCCAGCUCAGCAGAGACGUCCGCGGCUCGAGACAUUAUCUGGGAAGUACUUCCUAAUCCCAGCAUCAACUUCAUGGUCAACACCAUCGACAGAUCAGAUACAUGGAUGGAGCCGUACAUCGAAUAUUUGCGAAAUCAGACGCUUCCCCAAGAUAAAAGCCAGGCCAAUAUGCUCCAGAAGAAAGCAAGAUGGUUCGAACUCCACGAAGGAACGCUCUACAAGAAGUCGUAUACACACCCCCUUCUGAAAUGUGUAUCCCCUGAAGAAGGAAACUAUAUCCUUCGCGAAAUACAUGAAGGAGGAUGCGGUAUACAUCAGGGAGUGCGAACGGUCAUCGGGAAAGUCCUGAGAAGUGGAUAUUAUUGGCCCUCACUCCGAGAAGACGCGGAAUACUUGAUCAAAAGAUGUCCUGAAUGCCAAUACCACUCCAAGAUAGGAAGGAAGCCGUCUAAUUACUUGACUGCCAUACAAGCCGUCUUGCCUUUCGACAAAUGGGGCAUGGAUCUUCUUGGUCCCUUCCCUCCAGCAAAAGGGCAACGCAAAUUCAUCAUUGUGGCCAUUGAUUACUUUACAAAGUACGUAGAAGCAGAAGCCCUUAGCUCAAUCACGGACAAACAAGUUUGCCAAUUUAUAUGGCGGAAUAUCAUCACAAGGUACGGCAUUCCUCGCGUAAUCAUAACGGAUAAUGGAAGGCAGUUUGUCAGCAAAAAUACCAUCGAGUACUGCGACAAAUUUAACAUCCAGAUCAGAUUCAGCUCGGUGUCCAGGCCACAAACCAAUGGUCAAGUAGAGUCCGCAAACAAAGAAAUCCUGAACGGCAUUAAGAAGAAAAUAGAGGGGGUCAAAGGCAAUUGGGAUGAAGAACUACCCGGUAUCUUAUGGGCAAGUCGAACAACCAUUAAAGACGCAACGGGGCACACACCUUUCUCUUUAGUAUACGGAUCUGAAGCCGUGCUCCCCGUUGAAAUAGGCGUACCCUCCACAAGGAAGAUGAUCCGUAGCUUCAAUCACCAUGUCAAGACCAGACAUAUUCAAAUUGGCGAUUUCGUCCUCCGGAAGGUCGAAGCCACGGGAAAGAAUGCGGAAAAAGGAAAGUUAGGGGCCAACUGGGACGGACCUUUCAAAGUUACCCACGUCAUCAAACCGGGAACUUUUGGGCUAGAAGACAUGAAAGGGAAAAAGCUACCACGACCAUGGAAUGGAGACCAUUUGAAAAAAUUCUUCAUUUAA